CAACACUUCACGCUAAUGAGAUUAAUCAAUCAACUUGAGAGAGAUGAAGAUCAUCCUAACAAUCUUGGCUCUGGUCGCCUCCACACAGGCUUUGCCUCUGUGGUCAAUCCUCAGCCACCGAAACCUGAUCAAUCCAGUUUUCAAAAAAGCGUUUUACAAAAGUCAACCUUCGGUUCCGACGUCAAGAAGUCAUCCGUAUCAUGUGAUGAUCUGCAUUGACGAUGGCGGCCUUUGCAGCGGAAUUCUUGUUGCACCGGACAAGGUUCUCACCUCGGCCCAAUGUGUCACAGGAGCUUCGACGUUUGAACUGCAUUUGGGAAGACUUUACUUGUACGAUGAUGAACUGAACGAUGCUCUAGAAACUACAACCAGCUCCAGAGCGAUCAUUCACCCUGAUUUCACCCGCACCUUUGAAAAUGCAGUCCAUGACCUUGCCCUCAUUUUGCUGGACGCACCUGUUAGCAAAACGCCUGCCGUUCUGCCCAAAAAGUCCGACAAUUUCCCACUGGACGAAUACAGAAGUGUCUAUGUUGUUGGUUACGGACAGGCUGAUGCCUCGGAAAUAACAGGUAUGCAGAGUAUGCAACCUUUCCUUUCUGAAUCCUACAUGGCUUCGUUGCUUCACAACCAGUGCAAAGGAAUUCUCGGUACAGCCCUAGACACUCCGGACAGGCAUUUCUGCGCCUACGCUCCAGCCAUCAGCAGCUGUUAUGGCGACCCUGGCUCUCCUCUGCUAAUGUCCAACACCCAAGGGCAGUUGGCCCUGGCCGGCAUCGCCAGUUUCGGUUCCAAAGAUUUCUGCGAAACUGGCGCGCCGAUUGUUUUCACCAACGUCCGCACCUACAUUUCUUGGCUCGAGGCGAACGGCAUCCCUAUCGAAGACUAAUUACUGCAGAUUAGAUAAACUCAUCGAUUUAAUCUAUGGAUUAUACAGAACAAAGCAAUCAAAUUAACUCAGAUGAACUUUACUCCAAUGAGUGUCAAAUAAAAUCUUUUAUAAUAAU